AUGACUUCGUCGCUUCAGGCCAUGUUCCGGACGGUGGCUCUACUGCUGCUCGAGCUGGUAGCCACUUGUGUUCAAAAGGAUGUCUCUGGAAUCGAUCCCAAAUUCAGUGCACCGAUUUCAAAUGUGACUGUUCCGGUUGGCCGGGAAGGCGUGAUGACCUGCACCGUGCAUGAUUUAUACAAAUAUAAGGUCGCGUGGCUUCGAGUGGACACUCAAACGAUACUGACCAUCGAGACACUGGUAAUUACCAAGAGCGAGCGCAUUUCCAUUACCCACACGGAACAACGGAUCUGGCAGCUGAGGAUCAAAGAUAUCAAGGAAUCCGACAAGGGUUGGUACAUGUGCCAGAUCAAUACGGACCCGAUGAAAAGCCAGAUGGGUUACCUCAACGUUGUCGUACCCCCGGAUAUUCUCGACCACCAGACAAGCCAGGACAUGACCGUUCCGGAGGGAUCGAACGUCAGCCUAACUUGCGUUGCAACCGGUGUCCCGGAGCCAGCGAUCGUCUGGAAGCGAGCCGGCGAAAAAGCACUCGCCAUGAUGGAAAACUCCGGCGUCACCACCCACGACGGGUCUGUUUUGAAUAUCUUUAACAUACAGCGACACAAUGCCGGAGCGUACCAUUGCAUAGCAUCGAACGGUGUCUCGCCGACCGUGAGCAAACGGAUCAUGGUUACCGUGGACUUUGCUCCGAUUGUGAGGGUGCCAAUCAGGCAAUACACAGCCGAAAUAGGGCAACGGGUUUCGCUGGAAUGUUUCACCGAGUCCCAUCCGGAUCCAAUUACCUACUGGCAGCGGGGAAAGGGGGAAAUCAUUCUGCCAGGUGUCAGCGAAGUCAAACAAUUCGCCGAAAAUGUUUACAGAGUCGCAAUGCAAAUCGUUGUGCACCUGCAGCGGAACAGUGACUUCGGAAUCUACAAAUGUGUAGCCAAAAAUGAGUUGGGAGUCUCCGAGGAAGCAGUUAAAAUUCAGAAAAGGACAAGUAAGAUAACAAUCCUGGAUGAACCGCCCACAAUAAUUCUGGAAGAACCACACACAAACACGAAAGAGUCAACCGUCAGCCAACAGAACAAGUUCCGAGAUUUGAUUUUGAGAACUAAAAACUCAACCGGUUUCCGGUUAACCGCCGCGCCUUGCACGAUGCUUCUGCUGGCACCGAUGCUUAUGGUGCUGCUGCUUUCCGCCGGUCAAUCCUGA